AUGCACUAUAACAAAAGACGACAGCAAAAGAGGACUUCGACUGAUGUUGGCGAGGAAGAGGGUUUUGAAGAAGAGAGGGGUUUUCUGUCUCCUCCUGAGGCUGGAGAGACAGCUGAGGUAGAAGGAGAUGACUCUUUAGGUGCAGCAGCAGCAGCAGCAGAGGAGACAGCAGCAGCAGCAGCAGCAGCAGCAGAAGGAGAAGCAGAAGGUGAAGGAGACAGCAAGAAGCAUCAUCAUAAACGCAAAAAGAAGCACAAGGUCCCUAAGAUAAAAAGGAGACACCCUAAUCUCUAUGGAGACAGCGAAAUAGGGUGGUUUGAUAUACAGCGCAAUUAUUAUCAAGAAGACGAAGCACCCGACUUUAAGGCUUUAAUGCAGGACUUAGAAGAUUCUAUUGCGGAGGCUCUACACAUAAGCCCUAGUCGGGUGCGAGGUUUCCAAGCGCGUUACUUUGAAAAGCGUUUGGUGUUUGCUAUAUACCCUGACCCGUUGCUGGCUGACUCAUCUGAUGCACUUAAAAAACAAAAAGAAGAAGAAGAAGGAGAAGAAGCAGAGAUUAAAGAAGAAGGAGACACUGAAAAUAAUAAUAAACCUGCAGGCGCUCUUAGCCCUGUCUUCCUUAUGGAGGCCCUCAGCCAACUGACAGAACAGAUGCUGCAAAAUAAUGAGGUUUUCGCAGAUAUCACAGGAGGAGCUGCUACCUUUGGUUGGGAAGGCCCUGGGAGCAGACCUUACUGUAACGAGAAAGAGGAGACAGAAGAAGAAGGAAAUGCUGCUGUUACUGCUGCUGCUGCAGCAGGUGAUGCUGAUGCUGCUGCUGCAGAGCAGCCAAAGGAGAAGAAGAGCAAGAAGAAGAAGAAGAAGAAAGAGAAACAUAAAAAAGAAGAAGAGACACCUGAAGAUGAAACAAAUGCACAAAACACUGACAUGCAGAUGUCUCCACAGUCCCCAGACACCACAACUACAAAUGCUCCCCUUCCAGAAGCAGAACUUGCUGCUGAUGCUGCUGAUGCUGCUGCUACUGCUGCCGCUGCUGCUGCUGCUGCCCCAGCUGCAGCAGCAGCAGCAGCAGCAGCAGCAGCAGCAGUGGUGGCGGCGGAGACUCAUAAAAAGAAAAAGAAAGACAAACAUAAGAAAGAAAAGAAAGAGAAGAAAGAGAAGAAGGAGAAGAAAGAGAAGAAAGAGAAGAAAGAAAAGGAGACAGCAGCAGAAGUGCAAGAGCAAGUAGUGUCUCCUCAGCCCAAACAAAAGGAGACAAAAAAGGAGACACCUGAGCCCCCUCCGCCUCCUCCAAAGGAGCCUACACCAGCCCCGAGUAGCAGCAGCAGCAGCAGCAGACGCAGCAGCAGCAGCAGCAGCAAACGCAGCAGCAGCAGCGAUCAGACGCCCCCUCCACCUCCCCCUAAGCCUAAGGGCCUCGGCCUCACAGCAGCAGCAACAAUUGCUGGUGCAGUAAGGAGGCUACGACGCCGUCGCUCUGCUGCAGCAGCAAGCAGCAGCAGAAGCAGCAACAGCAGCAAGCUUAGCAGCAGCAGCAGCAGCAGCGACACAGACUCGGAGACACGAGAGCAAGAGCGUUUGCUGCUGUCGCAGCUGUCGGAUUUGUGUCGGCAGCAGCAGCAACUGGAGCAGCAGCUGCAGCAGCAGCAGCAAAGUACAAGUGAAAGCGACUCUGUCUCUUCUUCUGUCUCCUUGGGAAUGCUGCAGCCUCCAGCAGCAGCAAACAACCCCGAGCUGCGGUAUAUUAGCUCUGACGAAGACGAGCAGACAGAGAGACAGCUGCAGAGGGAGACAGAGAGACAGUUAAAGCAAAGACUUCUUAAUCUAGAGAAGGCUCAGAGAGAAAUGCAGCAGCUCGCUGAUACAUUUAAACAAACUCAGCAGCAGCUCGCCUACAUCCCUGAACCCAUCCACGCACAAGCAUUUCAAAUAGAUGGAUUUGACUGUCUCUGCAUCGAUGCCGAGGAGGGGAGACUGUCUCCUUUUAUUGCGUCUCCCCCGCCUUUCUCCUCUUCCGCUGUCUCUUCAAAGCUGCUGCAGCCAUCUGCUGCUGCUCCUGUUGCUGCUGCUGCUCCUGCUGCUGCGGGGGCGAAGGCAGGGGACAGCUGCUCAGCAGCAGCAAACGGCUAUCCUGCUGCGCAUGCAGGCGUUUCGCUGCGUACGCCUUUGCUGCAGCAGCAGCUGCUGCUCCCGCUGCAGCAGCAGCAGCAGCAGCAGCAGCAAUUGUACUUCCCUUGGUGGCUAGCGGGGAGGGCUCCAAGGAGACGGAGACCUUCUCUAUCUUCUGAUGACAAUACAAAGGAGACAGACACCCCAAAGGAGACAGAUAGAACAAAGGAGACAGAUAAAAGAGGAAACAGCACUGACGAGAUCAGCACCUCGCCUGCAGUUGCUGCAACGGUGCUGCAGCAGCAACACGAGGCUCUGCGUGUGCUGCUGCUCCAGCACAAGCAGCAGCAGCAGCAGCUGCUGCUGCAGAAGCAGCAGCAGCAGCUGGCUAGACGCCGCAUAGCUAAGGGUUAUGUACCGAAACCCACAUCUUAUGUUUACAAACCUCUUCAACGAAAGGGGGCAAGAGGAGACAAAGGAGACAGCAGCAGCAACAGCGACGUCGACAUCAUGAGGGGCUUCCUCUGCAGCAGCAGCAGCGAAUACAGCAGCUACAGCAGCACCAGCAGCAGUAGCGGACACAGCAGCAGCAGCAGCAGCAGCAGCAGCAGCAGCAGCGAAUCUGAUAUCUCCGAUUGA